UAUAUUUCAGUAAAAAAUAUUCGAAUUUCAUUAUUUAAGAUUGCAAGAUGCAACAAGGACAUCUGGUAACUAAGACUUGUAAUAUAAGAGCACGUGGAUAUUAUUAUAUCUAAUGAUUCUAAUAGCAGAGUAGAAGUAGUAAUAAUGAAUGAUAACAUAAUUUCGUUCAUUAGUCUUAAUAAAGACAGUUCAUAGUAAUUACUUUGAUAUAUGACUUGUUAUGUAUCAUGUUUCUACAAAUAGUACAAAAUAAUCUUGAAUCUAUUCCUAUAAGUGUUUACAUUAUGAAUUUAAGUUAAACAUAUCUACAUCUUUCUCCAAAUAUCAUGAACACCCACGCAUGCCAAGUGGGCAAUGGACAGAAGUGGGUCAAGUGUAAGAGGUUAAAUGGUGGAUACAAUUUGAAAGAUGCCGAUGAGGUUAAGGAAUACCUGAAAAAUCUUCAUAUCGAGUAUCAGUUCGGUUGUCUGAACGAAAAGAGACCUGAUGUUUGUCAUCUACUGGGAGAUUAUAACGACGCUAUUAAACAAGAUUAUAACGAAGCCGCGAAGAUAUAUAAGGAUAAUUGUGACACAAGGAAUUACAAUAAAAGCUGUACCAAGUACGGUGAAUAUUCUUUUGCGGGUAGAGGAUGCGAGAAAAAUAUUCAGGAGGCAUUCAAAUACAUGAGAAAGGGUUGUGAACUUAAUGAUCCAAAGGGUUGCCUAGAUGCAGGUGCUUUUGCAGUGUCUGAUGAAAAGCUAGAGAAAUCAAGGGAUACUCAAGUUUCACUUGGAAUACAAAUGUUGAGAAAAGCUUGCGAUGCUAAUGAGGAAAGGGCUUGUUUUUAUUUAUCCGGUAUUUUCUUGAAAGGAAUAGAAGGAUUUGUUGAAAAAAAUAUGAGGGAGGCAUAUGUGUUUUCCUUGAAGUGUUGCGAGGCAGGAAAUCCUUAUGCUUGUGCUAAUGUAUCGAUGAUGCAUAAAAACGGUGAUGGUGUGCAGAAAAAUGAGGAGAUGGCAAAAGCAUUUAAGACUAGAUCCACUGAAUUGUUAAAAGAUAUUAGAGAAGCUAAGAGACAGUUGAAAUUUCAGCAAGGUAUUAAUCCUUAACUGAAUCUUCGAUAUUAAACAUUGCAUUGUAUAGUAGAUGUAUUGAAAUAUUCAUGUUGUAAUUAAUACACGAAUAUGUAUUGUUAUUUAUUUGUAAUUAAAACAGUAUAAAAUUUCGGCACAUUUGUAUGUUGUUGAAAGAGAAUAUUAUCUUAUUGUAAGGUAAUUAAAAUAGUAAGUUGAAAA